AUGUCAUCAUCCGUUCCGACUUCGAAACCCACCUCCUCUCAUCAAACCAAAGCCUUCCUUCUCGGUCGAUUACGAACCACUUCUCAAGAUCUCCUCUCCAAUGAAAAAUCCUUUCUUUCCAUCCCUACCUGUUUUGGAAAAAUCGAAUUGUCUGGUCUUCGAUGCAUUUCUCUUCUUUCCAUGUUUGUCAAUAUUGUUGCGUUUUGUGUCUUGUUAGCAAUUUUAGUGCAAGUUUAUUAUUUGCAAGCGAAUCAUAAUUUUCUAAUUGUGGAAAAUACAGUCGAUGCUGCUCGAUUUAGAGAUAUCAUUACGAAUAGUGUCAAAACUGCCACUUUGUAUGCGGCGUGUUUGCCAGCGUUGAAUGUUUCGAUCCUGUCGAAAAGUGUCAAUACGACGACAGCUGUCAUGACAUCAAGUUUGGUACAGACACAACUUGCAAACUUUAAUCGAUAUUCGAAUCUCUUUCCAACGUUUUUGAAUCGAGUCAUUUCAAGUCUCACUCAAGAUGAAAUUACACUCUUACAACUGAAUGACACUUCCAUAUAUGUCAAUAGUUCAUCCAUUCAAAUGGAGUCGAAAGCAGCUUCAUUAGUUACCAACAAAUUGGAACCCAUUGUUAAAUAUGUCAAUAACAAGGAACUUGCAACUAAUACUAAAUUGUCCUCGGGAGCUUUGGCCGGACUUGUCAUUGUUUGUGUGGCCAUGGCCAUUGUCUUUCCAGUCGUAGUUUUGACAUUGAUUUGUGCUCUGAAUCGAGAUGCAGUCUAUCGAAAGAGAUUGCAAAAAGCAAAUGCCAUCAUGUUGAUUGACACAAUGCAAGAUCCUCAUUUGAGAGAAUUAUUUAAAAAACAUUGUGAAAAAGAACAUUCGUUGGACAAUUACAAAUUUUUGGAGAAAAUUGCCGAAUAUAAGAAUUUGUGUGCAAAGAGUUUUGAAAUCAAAUCCAUCUUGUUUGAUUACAGUUCGACUGAAACCAAUGAUGACACUGUAUCUGUGUCCACAGCCGUGACAAGUAACAGUUCGGAUAUUACCGAAAAUGGUAAAAAAAAGAAGAAGAAAAAUAUUCAACAUUACACGGAACAGGAUUUGAAAGAUAUUGAAAAGAAAAAGUUUGAACUCGCCACUUUGAUCUAUUCUGAAUUUUUGGUGUUGGAAGGAGCUCACUCGGUGAAUAUUUCAAAAAAGAAUGGCAGAUGCCAAGUCACUUCUCCCAACACUACCACCACCACGACAACCUCCAUCACCGAUCAAGACACCUCUAGUUUUGGUCUCUACGUUUGGGAUGAAAAAACUCUUUCUGAAAGACUCUUCGAUGAGUUGGAACAAGAAAUUGCCAUUGUCAUGAUUGACACACAUCAUCGUUUCAAGUUGAGUUUGGAAUUCCAAAAACAAAUGAAAAUUCAUAAUAUUCAAAACAAGUUGAAACAAACCAAGGGAGGAGUGUCAAGUUCAAAUAACAACAACAAUCCUCCUUCUUCGAAUGGAGUGGUCCAAACAUCAAUAAUAAACUCAUUGUGA